AUGUCUUGGGUGCAGGCGCUGCGGAACUACUUGGCCUCACCGCCGCACCUUCGAUGCCGCGAUGGCGCGGGCGUUUUUGAGCGCGUGUGCCGUGCGCACCUGCAAGGCUUCCCCGGGCACGUCAUCGACGCACGUGCUCUGCCGCUUCUGCGGCAGUUGCGAGGGGAACUGCUCAAAAACGGCACACCCGAGCAAAAGGCCAAGACGUUGGAAACCAUUUUGGCCUGUUACUCCAACGCGAAUCGCUUCUACACGUACGACCCCGUGCCUUCUGCGAAGGAAAACCAUUUACUAACUAUAGAGCAACUGCAGUGCCUCGUGGAAGCGCAGCUUGCUGGGGUUCCCGUGCGUGUGUCGCACUAUCGGUUUCUUCUGCAGUCGCCACAGUUGUCGCAGCUGAGCCCGAACCUCCCAAUCUUGUUGUUUAGAGAAAUGGCGAACGCCGAGGGUGGGUUGACCGACGACGCUCUUGCAGAUGUGGGCGUGGCACUGGCAUCCGGAGGCCACUGGGAGAGCGCCUUGGAGGUGUGCCCGCGUUCUCGCCUGCCGGACGUGGUUGGGCGCGUGGCCGCGCUGCAGCGCCACGGGUGGCGCCGCGCCUGCGCCCUGGCCUCGCACCUGGACGAGGACGAGGCGGCUCAAGAUGAGGGGUGUUUGGUGAGUGUUGUGGCGGCCCUUGCCUCUUGGUUCGCCGCCUCGCGAGAACCGGCGAUUGGGAGCCGGAUGGAAAAGCUCAUGGAGGCCUACAGCCUGCAGCAUGGGGGGAAGCCGCCGCCCAGGCGCGUCAUGGAUUACUUCCUCUCUUCCUGCACUCCUCAACAAUGGUGUGUCGCCAUGGAGUUUGUGACGCGUUACAACGGCACCGUCGAACCUACGGCGCGAAUUCCCCUGGGAAAGGUUAUGGCGCUCAUGAACAACGCCAUGCAGUGGGAACGGGUGUUGCUUCUCUACCAGGCCGCCCCGUCCGCGUUCACGGCAAGCGAGCGACAACACGCCGCGGUGCACAAUAAUGCCCUCAUGGCCCUGGCCAGGGGGAACUUGUGGCGGCAGGCGAUUCGCUUUUAUGCCUCACAGCCGGCGAAGAACCUUCACACGCACAACGUUUGGUUGAGAAUGGCGUUGCUCGAGGGCAACCUUCCUUUCGCCGCGGCCUGGGAGAGCUGCAUCGAGGCCUACCGGCGUCUUGAAUCCCCCGACCAUCGCUACACCGAAGUCCUGGCGCACAAUCUGGGUUCCAUUGGGGCCUGGACGGCGGCCCUGGGCGUUGCAAAGGCCGCCGCGGAACGAAUCCCCCGCGUGCUGCUCACGGGCGUCGGCGUGGCGGCCGCGGCUUGCAACGAGCAAGUGGUUUGGCAGGCUGCAAAGGAGCUUGCCUCGUACCGGCGCGGGGUGUCCGCAAAGCAGCUGUGCACGGCAGCGGCGAUCGUCGGCUGCUGCACGGCAAACGUCCCCGACGCCGUCUCUGACGCCAUGGGGGACGCCCUGCGCGCCAGCGCGAUGUCCCAGCAGCAGUUCGACGAGGCCGUCUCGCACCUCGGGCGCUGCAUGGCGCUGCUUCACGGCAACGUCCGCGACGCGGAGCACGCCAGCGCGCCCCCCGCCAUCCGCCUGCUUUUGCGCGCGGGAGGGGGGGAACGGGCGGCCGCGAGCUGGCGUUUCGCCCUCGCGCUGCUGCGGAAAGCGGCCGCGGCGACGUGGUCCCUGGAAGCCGCCGCGCCCGCGCUGCUUUCCUCCGGCCUCGACGCCUCGGUUGCCAUUCAUUUUUUGCCCGCUUAG